AAUUUGCAUGUUGGGAAGUUUUAUUUGUGAUUUGGAAAGUUUAUUCUGUGGACGUUUACGAAAUUUAUUUUUAUGAGAAUAUUAUUUUCCAUUUGUGUAGACUGUACAUUUAGUCACGUUAGUCGUCAGUGGUAGUGCAACAUACAGCGAGUUGGUUGUUUGAAACAAGACGAGCUUUAAAGUCUUUAAACACUGAAGCGCUGGACUGUUAUGUCGCCGGCACGACAGUGUUUGUAGUUAAAUAGCGUGGAGAAAUGUGGCAGGUGAGCAGUUUGUUCGUAUCACAGCCAUAACGUGUACCGAAACAGUGCCGCUAAAUAGCAUGUCAGCUCCGUAGCCUAUAGCUUAACCCGCUGAGCCGAAAGUUGAAUUUAUAAACCACAUUGCUGACAGGCUGUACGCUUCUAUUCCUGAAAGCAAACGUUGAAAUAAGGUUGGGAAAGCUAAACGCUGUUUUCAGUGUCCACCCCCAUCUCUUCCUCUCCUCUCUCCUGAAGCCGCAUAGGGCUGCUCGGCCGAAAGGGGGGGGGGGUUGUGUAAUUGUAUUCCCCGCUAAUGUUUGUAAAUCAGCCUCGGCCGGCGCAAGGGCAACGUCUCUGCCGUUUGACUGAUGUUCUGUAACAUGAGAAAUGACAGGAGCAUGGCAGUCUGGGUCCCUCGGAAAAGCCUACCGAGGAGGAGAAAUCAGAUCUGGUGGCUCUCGUUUGCCUUAUGUUGGUCGAGUGUUAUUCCAGCUCCCAGCCGCUGGACCUCUCUCCCUCUCUCCCUCUCUCUCUCUCGUCCAGGCUGGGAUCCAGAGGGGCGAGGGAGCUAUUGUUGUUGUUGUUGCGGCUUCAUGUAGCGUCCUCUGUGCCGGCUCUCGUCCUGGUUCAGUCCGGCUCCAGAGGACCGACUAACAUUGAUGAUACAUGUAUACAUUCAAGGUUUUUCAGUCAGUGUGACUGAGUAGCCCAUGACGAUGCCCAAGACAUUACCUGGUGUCAUGAGCAGUUUUGUAGGGGUAUAUGGUAAAGAGGUUCGCUUCCGGUCAGUGAUCAUCAUAAGGCAUAUAGCCACUGAUACCAUAAAGAAAUAAAAAACAUGAUACCCACAGAAAAUUGUUAGUUCAUGCUUGUGUUCCCUUGAAUGACCUCAUCUUCAUGUAAAAUGAAACGCUUAGAUAUACUGCUUGCUGUGAAAUAGUAGUGCCUAAAUCUACUGUGAAAGCAUUAUUGUCAGUUUAUAAAGGUGGCUAAAUGAUUUCACCAAUAGGUUGAAGGUGGAUGGCAGUGGUUUAGGUGCCUGCCCCUCAGUAUCCCUUCAUGAGCUUUUGGAUUAUAUUCACAUACAGUGAUGUUGUGAAAACACUGUUAAUCGCCUGGGUAAUUUUGCAAACAGGUUAUUUUGUAAAGAUGCCAUCUUGCAGAAAUAAACAUAUUUCUCUACCAAGUUGCAUUAUAAGCUAAAUUGGCUUCAAUUAUAGGCACUAUGAAUUGUGCACCUUGGCUUUGACUUCUGUUUCUGCUCGGGAGAGAGCUCUUUCUACGCUUUCCAGCUGGUUUGUUAAUCAUAUGAAGUUAGCCAUGGUGUUGCUAAUGAUCAUGUUACAUUAACCUUUUUUUUUUUUAAAUUUUCUUCUUUUAAUAUUUCACUGGAUUUGAUCACAAUAUAUUAUUGUCAGCGGCUCUGGUAAAUAUUCUUACAAGCCUUUGGUUGCAAACAUGCCCGUAGUUUAAAUGUGACAUUGUCUGCUACAUGUGUCAGAAAUCAAUUAACUCACUUAUUUCUCAUUCAGUCAUGGUUGGAACCAGUUUCUGGCAGUGUGAAAUCAUUACAGCCGUUUCACCAUCUUGAAGUCCAUACAGAAUAGUAUUCUCGCUAUAUCUGAGGAUAUCUACGAGCUGUUACUUUUAGAGUUCACGCUGGAAUAUUUAUUUUCUCGUUACAAGUUAUCAUAUCGGCAAAGUGAGUGUGCAGUUUUGUAUUGUUUGUGCAGUGAAUUUGUGCCUCCAGGUUGUACAGGAUGAAUAAUUCACCUGCAGGCUGAUGAAAAGAGGGCAGGGAAAGUGCAAAGCGCUGAGGUGGAGUGACCUUGGUUCCUGCUGGCUGCAGGUCACCCGGCCGUUGCUUUGGUAAUCAUUCACACUAGCCAGAUGGCAUUUCCGUGGGCGAGCAUGAAAAGGACGGGUCAGGGUCUGUCCUGCCAGGUCCUGCCAGGCCCAAAAACAGCUCUGAGCCAAUACAGUACCUGGAGAGAGAGAGAGAGAGAAAGUGAGAGCAAGAGAGAGCAUUAGGCCUGUAGAAAGACUUUGCUGAGCCAGGAUGCGUGGUCCAACCAGAGGGAGCUAAACUCUGUAGCGUCUGAGCUGGCCGGUCGACAAGAGGAGAGCGAACAUUCCCACAAGCACCUGGUAGAGCUGAGCAGGGAGUUCAAGAGAAAUGUCCCUGAGGAAGUCCGGGAGAUGGUGGCACCUGUUCUCAAGAGUUUCCAGGCCCAGGUGGUUGCUCUGAACAAGCGCAGUAAGGAGGCCGAGUCUGCAUUCCUGGGAAUCUACAAACAGCUUAUCGAGGCCCCAGAUCCAGCUCCUGUGCUCGAGGCCUCGCACACCCUGGAGGGAAGGCUGCAGCAGCUUCAGAGUUCUGCCCCAGACAGCGAGGCCCUCGUGCGUGAGAUCAGCGGGCACUGGAAGAAACACCUGGAGUGCCUUGAAAAGACAGAGCACUCAGUGGACGGUCCAGCGGUCUCAGGGGCAGCAGUGACAGAGGAGGCCCCAGAAUCCAGCCCUCAAGCCUCCAUCAUGACCCCCAACAGCACACCGGCUACUGGGACCCCAGGUUCCCCACAGCCUAAUUACCAAGAUCGAGCGGAGGGCCGAAGGGAGGAGGAGGAGGAGAGCACUGAUGUUAGUUUGGCUGGCAGACUCACAGAGGCUGAGGAGAAGAUCAAGGUUCUGCAUUCAUCACUGAACACUGCACAGACUGAGCUGCUGGACCUGCGGUGUAAAUACAACCAGGAGAUGGCCAACAAGGCAGAGGAGGUUGACGCCAUCAUGGCAAAUCUUGAGAAGGCAAACCAGAGAGCUGAAAUGGCACAGAGGGAAGUGGACAGGCUAAAGGAGCAGUUAGCCAGUGGCCAGAGUGCCACCAAGGGAAACUGCCAUCCAGCAGAGGGCACUAGCAGGGAGAAGAACGAGAAGGGCGAGGUGCUGCCCUCCAAGCUGGAGGCCGCCCUGCUGGCUAAAGACCGCGAAAUCCUCCGCCUUCUUGAAAACAUCCAGCGGCUGCAGUUCACACUACAGGAAGUUCAAGAGACAUCAGCCAAUCAGAUCUUGGAGCUGGAACGCCAGCUGGCCUAUAAGACAGAAGCUAUCGAGAGAUUAGAAGCUAAACUGCAAUCCCAGAUGGACUAUGAAGAGAUUAAAACUGAACUCAGUAUCCUAAAGGUUAUGAAGCUGGCUUCAGCAAACGGCAGCUCGUCCCAGGAUUCUGCCAAGGCUGCAGAGGCUCUUUUGCUGGAUAAAGAGGCUUUUCUUCCUUCUCACAAAUACCUGAUGGAUAAAGCACGAAUUCUGCAAAGCAUUGAUGAUGACCACUCUGAGGAUGCGGUCAGGGAGACAGGCAGGCCGCCCGGCUCCCACUCGUCCUCCUCUCAGACGGACGGCCAUGCCUCGCCCAGCCCCGGCCCUCCCACUUUGGACAGCUCCUCCUCUGGCCACGAUCCACCACGUCCCUUCUCAGUGUCACCGUGCUCCGGGGACAGACUGUCGGGAGAUCACAUCCUUCACAAGCAGCUCCUCUCCCCUCACUUUAAAAAGGAGAGCCUCAUGGCUUUUCCCACCGCCCUCUAUGCAGCCAAAGUCGCCCUCAUGUCAGCCAACCAAGGGUCUGGGGGGGCGGGCAGCAUUGACGCUGGCUUGCCCAGCGACCAAUCAGAAAGUGGCAGCUCGACCGCAGGAGAUGAGGAUCAUUUGGACACUGCAGAGAUUGCUUUCCAGGUGAAGGAGCAGCUGCUGAAGCAUAACAUUGGGCAACGUGUGUUUGGCCACUAUGUGCUGGGCCUCUCACAGGGCUCGGUCAGCGAGAUCCUGGCAAGACCCAAACCCUGGAGGAAGCUGACUGUGAAAGGCAAAGAACCUUUCAUUAAGAUGAAGCAGUUCCUCUCUGAUGAACAAAACAUUCUGGCACUUAGGACCAUCCAGGUCCGCCAGAGAGGGAGCAUCACUCCACGCAUCCGAACUCCUGAAACUGGGUCAGACGACGCCAUUAGGAAUAUCCUGGAACAGGCCAAGAAGGAGAUCCAGUCCCAGAGGGGAGGUGAUGGCAAGUCAUCUCUGAACAGCUCAUCGGGCCGAAGCAGUAAUGGGCCAGGCAGCAGCUCUGAUGAAACCAUAAAGAGCAUCCUAGAACAGGCCAGGAGGGAGAUGGAGGCCCAGCAACAGGCCAUGAUGGAGAUGGAGGUCUGCGGGAGGACCCCGACUGCCAGCUCAGGAGCUCAGGUAGAGCGUCUGGGACCCCCAGAGCGCUCCAGGGGCCCGCCUUUACCUGUCUCUAUUAAACAGGAAGAAGGAGGCUGCGUUUCAGUUUGCAUGGCGGGCUCCAUCAGCAGCCCCCAGACACCCCUCAGUGUCCUCUCCCCGGCUGCCUUUGUUCAGAACAUCAUCCGUAAAGUCAAGUCAGAGAUUGGUGAAGCAGGCACCUACUUUGACCAGCACUGGUCUCAUGAGCGGGGCUCAAUGGUGUUCGGCGGGGGAGGAAGCUCUCGGCCCUUCAGUUCAGUCUCUCCAUCCCUGUCUUCCUCCUCCUCCGGGCCCUCAGCCUUGCCCCGACCCUGGCCCCGUCUGGAGAAUGGCGAGUGUCUCCCAAACAGCGAGGAAGCAUCUGCUGCUGAAGAUGAGCUGGGGCUGGGCCGGCCAGUGGAAGUGAAAGUGGAGUCAGACACAUCGGUAAGUGGAGAGUCCCCUGGCCCUGGUCCAGGAAGGCUUCCCUAUUACCCAGCGUACAUCCCCCGUGCCCUCAAGCCCACCGUGCCACCGCUGACUCCAGAGCAGUAUGAGAUGUACAUGUACCGGGAGGUGGACACCAUUGAGCUGACCAGGCAAGUGAAGGAGAAGCUGGCAAAGAACGGCAUCUGCCAGAGGAUCUUCGGUGAAAAGGUGCUGGGGCUUUCUCAGGGCAGUGUGAGCGACAUGCUGUCUCGGCCCAAACCUUGGAGCAAGCUAACCCAGAAAGGCAGGGAGCCCUUCAUCCGGAUGCAGCUGUGGUUACUGGACCAGCUAGGCCAGAGCCUCAGUCAGCCCCCUAAUCAAGGCCACGCUCAGGAAAAAAGCCCAGUGACAGCCCAGUCCUCGCCCUCCCCGCCUCCUAGCCCAGCAGAGAGCCACCCGAGUCCGCUGGUUGAGCCUGUCACCCUCUCUCUUGAGAGCAGCAAGGAGAACCAGCAACCUGAGAGCAUAAGUCUGGGGUUGCCCCCUCACUCAGAGGGAGGGAAAUCCACUCCCAGCCUUAUGGCCCUGCAUCAGCCCACAAACCCACUGGGCAUCCAGGAGCUAGUGGCCAUGUCUCCAGAGCUAGACACCUACGCCAUCACCAAGAAGGUCAAGGAGGUGCUAACAGACAACAACCUAGGCCAGCGUCUGUUUGGGGAGACCAUCCUGGGUCUGACUCAAGGAUCGGUGUCCGACCUGCUCUCAAGGCCCAAACCGUGGCACAAACUCAGCCUGAAAGGCAGGGAGCCAUUUGUUCGCAUGCAGCUGUGGCUCAAUGAUCCUCACAAUGUAGACAAGCUGAGGGCCAUGAAGAAGAUGGAGAAGAAAGCCUAUCUGAAAAGGCGGUACGGGCUCCUGAGCACCGGUUCGGACAGCGACUCACCCAGCAAUCGUUCAGAAUGUGUGAGUCCAGCCUUGGCCUCACUGGAUCUGUGCCCCUACAGCCAGGUGAAGAAGCCUCGGGUGGUGUUGGGAGCUGAGGAAAAAGAAGCCCUGAGGAAGGCCUACCUCAUGGAGCCCUACCCCUCACAGAGCACCAUUGAGAUACUGGCCUCCCAGCUCAAGCUCAAAACCAACACUGUCAUCAAUUGGUUCCACAACUACAGGUCCAGGAUGCGACGGGAGGUACUGAUGGAGGGUCUCCCAGACAAUGACACAGAUGCUGAGCACCACAGCUACUCCCCCUCAGUGACGCGAAGCCCCCACUCUGAUGGAGAGGAGAGGAAGCUGCAGCAGCCUUCAGGGCACAUCCCCUCCAGCCUCCCCCUUAGCACCAACAUAGCACUGCCUCACGUCAAACAAGAGGCAACAGACAGGGAAGAUGAGGGGGAGGAGGGAAAGGAGGGAUCCAUGAAACAGUCGAGAGCUCAGUGUUUUUCCACGGCAGCACAGUUCCCGCUGUUGAAAAGCGAACAUGAGGACUCCAUCGCUGGCUGCCGCGAGCCACACUUGGCUGGCCAGAGCCUGAGGCAGGAAGAGGGAAUGAGCAGCCAGGUUCAGGGGCUCUACCAUGUUGCAGUCUCCAUAGAUGGCCCCCAGAGAACCAACCAGUCCAGGCACGACGGGGAAGACUCUGGAAAGUCUCCUGUCGACCCAGUCAGCUUCAAGGCUUCGUCAGAGCCCUGCCGCAGCAGCCUGGAGGUCUCCCUCAACUCCCCCUCUGCCGCAUCCUCACCCGGCCUCAUGAUGUCAGUCUCCCCCGUCCCCUCCUCCUCUGCUCCCAUAUCGCCAUCGCUGCCAAACCCGCCUUCGACGAGCACCAAUCACAGCCUGGACCCUAACCCGCUCCCUCCCUUCCAAAGCCCCAAAGUUAACAGAAGCACUCAGAGACGCAAUGAGAAAAUGGCCAACCUCAAUAACAUCAUCCACAGGCUAGAGAGAGCAGCCAAUCGAGAAGAAACACUGGAAUGGGAGUUUUAGGUCCCCUUUUACUUGUAUCUAGUCCUGAUGACCCUUGUGGCACACAGGAGAGUUGGAUAGAAGCUUCCUGAGGACAUGGAAUGGAGCCUGGCUCCUGAAGGCUUGUCCUCUCAUACUGAUAAUUCAUAUGAAACAUGUGGCUGAAUGCCCUACAAGAACUUAAAGGAGUUGAAAAAAAAUUUAUAAUUGUGUAUUUGUUUUUUUUUUUUUUUUUUUGAUAAUGCAUACUACUUUUAAAUAUAAGUGACAGCACUAGCUGUUGUUUUACCUAUUGGACUUGACAUGAAGACUUUUGCAGCUAUGGUGUCAUAAAAUGUACACUGAAGUUCUGUAGAUUGCCACUGGGUGAGAUUAAAAAAAGACCCCUGUCUUAAGCCAUUAAAAGCACUAUAACUAUUUGAAAAGAGACGCUGACCAAAUUUGCUACUUUUUGAAUAGCAAUUUUUCAAAUUUUGUCUGUAAGACUGGACAGUUUAGGUCAAGUAACAUGAAAUCCUAUUACUGACUGAGGGAUAGUCCUUUAAGACUCUAAAUAUUCAACAUCUUGUAUGUACUUAGUUUCUUGGUGAUAUGUUUUGAAAUAUUUGUAACUCACAUGUAUAAAAUGUGGUUGUACAUGUUGUAGAAUUGUCUGCAAUAGCCUUCUCUAAACCCGAUGUAGCAUGGUACUCACCUGACCCUGUUAUUCUCUGUAGUUAGUCACCUGUGAUUAUACUUGAGCGAAAACAAGAGAAAAAAAGUUGAAAACCCUGCAAAAAAUAAGAAAAAAGGAAGCGUUAAAUCAAAAAAGUAGAGUACUUUUAGUGUUUUCUUUUCUUUUUUCCUUUGGAUAAUCAUGAGGUUUACAGUUUAGGGCCCGUGUGCUUUUGGUAGUAAGUGAAGCAUUCACUACGCGUGAGCACAGUUUACAUGAUUACUUUCAGACUUACCUCUCUGACCCUCUAAGGCACUGGUUGUCAGUCUGUAACAGGCCAAGACACAGGACACCUGGUUUACCUCAGAUUAUGUUUGAUGCACAUCAUGCUAUGACCGUACCGUUCAUUCUUACACAUAAACAUGACCCACACUUAUUUGAAUCAGUGGAGAUGGAUGGAGAGGGAGAGUACUCUGUAUCACGCCUCAGAUGUGCAGAGAUCAAACACAAAGCAAGUUUUUAUGAACUUUUGCAAAAAAAUGCUGCUGUUUGAGGAGGACGGGAGUAAUAAUUCCUUUAUGAUCCUCCUCACAAGUAACACUCAAAGCACUUUCUCAAAAUGGAUCAUUUGCUGUAGCUAGAAUUAUGUGUACAUGAUCAAACACCUCAACCUAUAAGCACUGAGAUAAUGUUUAGCUUGAUACGAAAAGAUUGCAGUGGGUAGCUCUGCAGUGAUUUGAAUUGAUCCCUUUGGGCCAAAGCUCCCAGCACGUGAGAGCAUGAUACAGUGUGACCUCUCUUCAACAUGAAAACAUCCAGUCUGUUAGUACAGUAUCCUGAAGGACACAAAAGGUUACAGGUAUCCCCUCAUACUAUCUUUGACCACUUGUGUAUUGUGUCUGUAGAAGUUUUUUUGUCAUGCUUGCAAGAUAUUCUUUACGUAUUUUGCCUCUAUUUUAUACUUGGAACAGUUAAAUAGAUAUUCAAUACCUCGUGUAUGAACUACUUACAGCACUUAGAUUUUGAUAAUUGUGAGGACUCAAGAAAAUUUCAAAUAUCAACAUUAUCCUAACUUAGUGUCCACAAGUCUUUGCCUUUACUGUAUCGUUGAAGUUGGUAGUAAACACUUGCACAUGUCUACAUAGUUCAGAGGACUUGGAUUGUAUUAUGUAGAGAUAUAUAUUACACAAUUACUAAAAAAAAAUAUCUUACAGUCUUGGAACAAAAUGUGCGGAUUAUAUUGAAAUAGAGUGUACAGAUUUAAUAAACCAAACCCAUUCAAGCCAGUUCUGGUCUGGCAAGCUUGCCCACGUUUUAGACCUUCUCUCAGGGUAGUCUUGCUUUUUAAAGCUUUACUGAAACAGUUGCUCUCAUCAGUGGUGGUGACUAUGAUAAACAUUAUGUGGUGUAGAGAAUUACUCCGUUAUAUAUUAAAUUGACCUGUGGAAGUUGUGCAUAUAUGGGAAACGCAACUUUCACAGUGGUUUGUAGGAUGUUGGAGAGCUGUUGCUGUUUUGUAAUUCAUUACACAGAUGUGUCAAAGUACAGUGUAGACUGAAACUACCAGGAUGAAGCUAAUGGGUUGCAUUUUUGAGAUCAGUAGACUUUGCUCUCUAAAAUACUGUUUCUGUUUUCUCUUGGGGCCACAGAAGAUUUUUCUCCGGUUUUCGUACCACCAUUUUUCGUGCAUAAUAUACUGUAUGAUUAGAGAUGACAUUUCUUAUAUGGAAAUUUCAUUGUCUUUCAUGAUAACAUGGACACAUGACUGAUAAAGAAGUGUAUUUACCUGGACCAUUAUCUCCCCAUGUAAAGCCCAUCUCAUUGUUUUGCAUGCGAAUCCAUUCUAGUCACAUGACAAGGGAUAGACUGUGUUUUUGUGUUGUUGUUCUUGCACAGGGACAUUGAAUCAGCACUUAAAGUCCUUUUACAUUAGUGAAGUCCAUGCAUGCAUGGUGCAGCUGAUAUAUUUGGCUCUCACAAAGUCAUCAUGAAUCCUAUCAAAUCAGACCCAAUAACAACCCAGGAAACAUAACUUCAAGAUCAAGAUUAUUUUGUGCCAUAUCAUAUGCCUUGUGCAUUAUUCUCACAGGAGUAAUGCCUUGUGAUGUGAAAGGGGUGUAGGGUUUUUUGUAACCCAGUUCAAAAAAAAGCUAAGCUUUUGUAGCAAGAACCCUACACAUUAGAUGGUUUUAUUUAAUAAUUGACAUUUGUCACUAAAUAAUGACGUAAUUGGUCAGCAAAAUUUAAAUGAUUGCGUUCAGAGUUGUUAAUAUAGAAACAAUAUUAAUAACUUUGACAAGGGUUUGUCACAAUGAAAAAUGUGAAAGUCAGCUGUGAGCCAAUAAAGAGAAGUGUCCUGCAGGCCUAAAUUACUGUCUAAUGCCUCACGUGUCAGGCUAUUAAAUGUUAAAGAAUGGACAAAUGCAUACCAAGCGUCUUGGAAUUGAAUUUAUGUAAGCCAUCACUCAAUACAUAAUUGUUUAAGA